AUGAGUGCCUCAGUCAGCAGAGCAGUAGGCAGCAUAGUCCACGACACAGUGCGCAAUGGCCACAACCGUGACAACCGUUGCUACCGCCUCACCUGCAGAGGGAUUCACUCUGCAAAGACGCAGGACGAUGCAGAGAGCGCAAUUAUACAGAAACUGAAAAGCGUACAGGGAGAAAGAGUUAGUCAUGCAAUUAAGAAAAGCGUUAAGAAUGGGUUCAUUAGCAAACGCAUGUUUAACGUGUACAACGAUCUUGUUAAGAAGCACUGCAGGGUGUUCACAUUUCCAGAUGUGGUGCUUACUCUGCAGGCGUAUGCCCUGAGCAAGGAGAGGAACUUUGAAGUGUACUCCAUGUUGGCCCACCGGGCGUUGCGGCUCUUCAGGGGGGACGUAGACGCGGCGAGUGCAAAAAGGGAAGACGUCGGUGAAAUGUAUAAUACAAAAAGCGGAGGGGACAUGUCCUAUGACCCAGAAAGGCACAAGAACAUUUACAAGUAUAUCCUAGCGAGCAACCAACUGAAUUACACAGACUUCGAACUGAUGCAACUCUUCGUGGAGGAAAUCAAAAGGCACUUCCACCAAUAUGACAUGAAGCGAAUUUGCGACAUCCUACAUGCAUUGUCUAAGCUGAAGAUACAGGACGUGGAUUUGCUUGAUGGAGCAUGUGAGCACAUUUUGCGUAACUUCAGCAUGGUUAGGUGUAACCACAUCAAUCACCUCAUUUCGGCAUACUCACCAAGGACCAGUGGUGGGAACCACGAGGAGCUGCUUCUCAGGCUGGUUCAGUACAUUUGCGCAAACGUCAAGUCGAUGGACUCCAUUUCCGUGUACAACACGCUGGUGCAGAUUGGGCCCAUUUUGCAGAGGCUGUCGCGCAGUGGGGUUGUGCAAGGAAGGCAGGAAGUGAGUGAAGAAGCGGGGAGGCCGCAUGGAUUGCGCGAAGCAGCCCCUCUGAGUGGUGAGCACAACCAACACAACAACGAGGAUGAACACAAGGAGUACUGCCAUUUAAUGAAAAACGCCCAUGGGGAGGAACACCAAGCAGACGCCAAGUGGCGGGGAGAGCAUAAUAGCAGCCAGGGGAACGUGGUGGAGCGCGUAAUACCGUUGCUCUUCUCCAGGGUGAACACCUGCAUAGCCUUCCUCUCAUUGAAGCAACUCAUAAAACUGCUGUGCGCCUACAGAGAGCUCAAUUAUUUCAAUUACACCUUUGUGUACAAGCGAUUGCUACUGUUCCUUUUUUCAAAGCUAAAGACUCAGCAUAAGGCCCUCCCAGGAGAGUACAUAUCGAUCCUGGAGUUCUUUACCUUCCUCCCAUAUGUGGACAGUAACAUGAAGGACAUUGUGGUUAUCGUCACGGGGAAUAUACCUAAGGUGCUCACAUACAAUUAUGAACACUUGUGUCGUUUGCUUCACUGUUAUAAGAAAUUAAACAUUUGUGAUGAUGCUAUUCUCACCAGAGUAGACUCUUUGGUGUUCAGGAAUAAGCGUCACUUUGAACGGGUUAGCACCGUCGAUCAGUUGAAUAUUUUUCUUCAUGUGUAUAACCAGGGGUCGGGAGAAUGGGAUGAGAUGCUAUCCUUCUUAAGAGCACUCAUCGAGGUGAAGGGGCGGGAACAUGCCCAGGAAAGCGUUAAAAAUGAACAGGUAGCGAGUGAAGGCGGUUUAAGUAGCGGAAGCGAGAUGGAGAAUCGGGCACCCCCCCAGAGAAGUGACCCGACGCACAACGUAGUGAUUACUUACAAGUAUAACAAGGCGCACAAGUGUUUUCAAGAGUACGGGAAAAAGGUCUCUGUGGAGGGAACCUCCACUGGGGAAGGAGAAGACCCCCUUCUGCAUACAUCCCAAUGCGAUGAGGGCAUGGUCAGGUCUCUGUCUCCCUCCCCUGGCAGCGCCAGUCAGGUCAGCAAGGGUAUUUGUGACUACUUGUAUGUGAACAUAGCAAACGAGAGGAGGGGAACAUAA